AUGAAAACUUUUCUGCACUACCUCGCUUCAGGAGGCUCUCACAGACAGGUCGGUUAUGCUGUUGGUUAUGCUAAGCCAACUGCAAUAUUACAUGUGACUGAGGUUUCUGACUUUUUCUUUGACAUAGCUGCGCGUCAUAUUUCAUUCCCUGAGCAGGAUGAGUUUGAUCAACUGGCCCAGCCUCUGGUUGAUAUCGACGGAGUUGAGCGACAAGUGAUUCUUUUCAUAGACGGCGUUAUUGUGAAAAUCCAAAAGCCUGAUAGGGCUGGUGAUGCGUAUUACUGUGGGAGGCCGGGGAAAUGUUGCGACUCCAUCAACGUGCAGUACGUUGUAGAUCGAUUUGGCAGGGUAAGACACGUUAUAAGCGGAGUACCUGGAUCGACGCACGACAAAACAGCGGCCGAGUGGUCUCGAGAAUUGUUCGACUUCCUUGAUCAACUUCCAGAGGAGUAUGUUAUGCUUGGUGAUCCUGCCUACAGGAACCUGCACCGAUCUGUGCUGAUUACUUUUACUGGAAAUAAUCUUCGACAGGAACAACUAGAUUUUAACAACAGAUGCACUCGACUCCGUCAAAUAGUUGAGAGGUCUAUCGGAUGUACUGAACUGAUAUGGAGGAUCAAUCAGCUAAAAGAGAAUAGGUACGCUGCGAAAUAUGGCCCUGUUUUUCCAUCAAAAUGCACUGUAGCAACAUGCGUGUUACACAACCUUUACACCAAUUUCUUGGCUUGAACCAUAUGUGAAAGACAAAGACAAAAGUAAAAUAACUGAAAAUGAUUGCUUAUUCUUAGUAUCCCCAAUUUAGUAACUGAAAGAGAAGCCUACUUGGCUGUCCAAUCUGUGGCAUGUCACUACUUGUAAACAAAUCCUGAACCAAAAAUAUGAUGGAAUAGUCAUGGCUAGAACUGAAGAAACAAAAUAGUCUGUUAUCACACAACAAUUGUACCUCUCUGUUUUGUGGGUGUAGUAUAGAUCAAGCCACCACUAUAAAGAGCCAUCUAUAAAAUUAACUAAAACUAAUUCCUUGCUGUUAGCGUGACAAAUCGCAGUUUCUGUAACUGUUUUCAUCAAUAAAAUGUUGUUCACUCAGCAAUCAUGGUAAUUAAUUGCAUAAAAAGAGUCUUGUCUGUAUGACGGGACUCGGUGCUUGAAAAAUCCGGUAUUGAGCGGGUUAGUAGGGACUGUAAUUUAGUCGGUAUCAGGUAAUUGUUCAAUAAUGGUUAUUCCUCUCUCCUCCAACACAGCAGCACGGAAUAAACGAAUCUCGUACACAAGUUCACGGAGCGUAUCCCUGAUUUCUUUCAUCAAGUCACAAGUUUGCUCUUGAUGUUGCACAGAAGAGUUCAUGAAAUCACUUUCGUCCCUGGCCUUCUUUCCUGUGGUCACCGGGGGCAUCAUUUGUGAAGCAGGACGUUUUUUUCCGGCACUGGUACUGGCAUCGGUUCCUGCCUGAACAGUUGGCGUUCCAGACCUUGAUGUCGAAGGGGAUGGAGUACUCCUAUCUGAGCUGAUGACAACACCGCGGUCAUCUGGUAUGCUGCAGUUUUCAUCGCUAGGGGUUUGGGGUCGGGAGUUCGUUGCAGAUCCUGGCCUAGUGAUGCCGGUUGGUGUCAUAACAAUUGCAGGUCUGGCUGCCCCGCCCUUCGGAUAAUAAAGUCGAUGGAAAGAGUCAAAAAGUUCAAAUAAUUCACGAGAGUCCUUGAGUUUUAAACCAGGGUGCAUAUCAUCUGUUGCAGCCCCUGAAGCCUGCUGUGUCUUGAUGGCAUCUCGA